AUGUGCGUGAGGAGGUCCCUAAUCGGCCUCACCUUUUGUACCUGCUACCUGGCUUCUUAUCUCACGAACAAGUAUGUCCUGUCUGUCUUGAAAUUUACCUACCCUACCUUAUUCCAAGGGUGGCAGACGUUCGUUGGUGGACUUCUGCUUCAUGUGUCAUGGAAGCUGGGCUGGGUGGAGAUCAACAGCAGUCUCAGAUCUAAUGUUUUGACGUGGCUUCCUGCUUCGGUGCUGUUUGUGGGUAUGAUCUAUGCUGGAUCCAGAACCUUGUCCAGACUGGCCAUUCCUAUGUUUCUCACUUUGCAUAAUGUAGCUGAAGUUAUCAUCUGUGGGUACCAGAAGUGUUUUCGGAAAGAGAAAGUAUCUCCUGCAAAGAUCUGUAGUGCCCUCUUCCUCCUGGCCGCAGCGGGGUGCCUUCCCUUCAAUGACUCCCAGUUUGAUCCAGAUGGAUAUUUUUGGGCUGUAAUUCACUUAUUCUGUGUAGGGGCUUAUAAAAUACUACGGAAGUCCCAGAAACCCAGCGCAUUAAGUGACAUUGACCAGCAGUACUUAAACUAUAUAUUCAGUGUGGUGCUCUUGGCGUUUGCAUCUCAUCCCACAGGUGAUCUCUUCAGCGUCCUGGACUUCCCGUUCCUGUAUUUCUACAGAUUCCAUGGCAGCUGCUGUGCCAGUGGACUUUUAGGAUUCUUUCUCAUGUUCAGUACGGUGAAGCUAAAAAGCCUUCUGGCCCCAGGACAGUGUGCAGCCUGGAUUUUCUUUGCUAAGGUGAUCACAGCUGGCUUAUCAACACUGCUGUUCGAUGCGAUCCUGACCAGUGCGACCGUGGGAUGCCUCCUGCUUGGCGGACUUGGAGAGGCCUUGCUGGUUUUCUCAGAGCAGAGGGGCUUCUGAAGAAGACAGUCCAGAAAAGGAGACCCAUAGGUUGCCACUGGGGAUCGCAGCCCCGGCCCCACAGCUCCCUGUUGAGUGUCGCAGAAAGAGGAAUGCAAGGACAGUGAAGCCAGGUGGGCAGCGCGAUAGACCCGUUCCUGCCUCGACCCAGUCUAAUGUGCUGAUGAGGAUGCAAAGGCCACACUGCCUCAGGACGCUGCAAGGAGAGCUCUUCCUGGGGGUCUCGGGCUGCUGCGGAGGAGUAGUCUGUGUUAUGUCCUCCCGUUUUGAGACCCCCUCUCGAUCAUUUUUCUGGGAUGGCUCCGCUCACCUUGACUGACCUGCAGGCCUCUGGAUACCAGGCGCCUUCCACCAAACACAGCUGACACCCUGAGGUAGUGGGCUCGAGGUGUUUUUUUCAUUUUUGAAAAAAUUUAUUUUAUUAUUAUUAUUUUCUUGAGACAGCAUCUUAACUCUGUUGCCCGUGCUGGAGUGUGGUAGCAUGAUCACAGCUCACUGCAUUC